CAGCAUGGACGACUACCCCUUAUCCUCUUCAUCUGUAAUGUCAAGUGCUCUCUCGCUUCCUCUCUCUCUGGGCUUUUGCUUAUCCUUCCGGGAGGCGCAGACACAGUCAUUCGCUCGGCUUCUGGCGUAAAACGACACCGAAUCGGGUGAUGCAGAGAAUGGCCUGCUCUUUUCCGGACGAAGUGCUAGAGCACGUGUUCUCGUUCGUACAGUGCGACAAUGACCGGAAUGCGAUCUCGACGGUGUGCAAGUCCUGGUACAAGAUCGAACGGUGGAGCAGGAGGCGGGUCUUCGUCGGGAACUGCUACGCGAUCAGCCCCGGUAUGGUGAUCCGACGGUUCCCGGAGCUGCGGUCCAUCGAACUCAAGGGGAAGCCACACUUUGCCGACUUCAACCUCGUCCCCGACGGAUGGGGUGGCUACGUGGCCCCAUGGAUCUCCGCCAUGGCGGCCGCUUACCCUUGGCUCGAGGAGAUUCGGCUUAAGCGUAUGGUCAUCACGGACGAGAACUUGGAGCUCAUUGCCAAGUCCUUCAAGAACUUUAAGGUCCUCGUGCUGUCCUCCUGCGAGGGCUUCAGCACCGAGGGCCUCGCCGCCGUCGCUGCCAAUUGCAGGAAUCUGAGAGAGCUGGACUUGCGGGAGAGCGAAGUGGAAGACCUGAGUGGGCACUGGCUCAGCCAUUUUCCUGAUGACUACACCUCACUGGUGUCCCUUAACAUUGCCUGCUUAGGGUGUGAGGUGAGUUUCUCUGCCCUGGAGCGCCUAGUGGGUAGGUGCCCCAACCUGAGGACUCUUCGGCUCAACCGUGCUGUGCCCCUUGACAAGCUUGCAAACCUACUUCGUCGGGCACCUCAACUGGUUGAGUUGGGCACAGGGGCUUACUCAUCUGAGUUGCGACCUGAUGUAUUCUCCAACCUAUCAGGAGCUUUUUCUGGAUGCAAGGAACUGAAGAGCCUAUCGGGUUUUUGGGAUGUAGUCCCUGGGUAUCUUCCAGCUGUUUACCCUAUCUGCUGUAGGUUAACAACAUUGAACUUGAGCUAUGCUACCAUCCAGAGCCCUGAUCUCAUCAAGCUAGUUGGCCAAUGUCAGAAUUUGCAGCGCUUAUGGGUGCUGGAUUACAUUGAAGAUGCUGGCCUUGAUGCCGUUGCAGCAUCUUGCAAGGGUCUACGAGAAUUGAGGGUGUUUCCAUCUGAUCCAUUUGGACCAGAACCUAAUGUACUGUUGACAGAACAGGGCCUUGUCUCCGUUUCUGAAGGCUGCCCUAAGCUCCAGUCAGUUCUGUACUUUUGCCGUCAAAUGUCUAAUGCUGCCUUGAUGACCAUUGCCAGGAAUCGACCUAAUAUGACCAGGUUUCGUCUUUGUAUUAUUGAGCCUGGAACUCCUGAUUACCUUACCCUUCAACCACUUGAUGUUGGAUUUGGAGCCAUUGUUGAGCACUGCAAGGAUCUACAACGGCUUUCCCUUUCUGGUCUUCUCACCGAUCGUGUGUUUGAGUACAUUGGGACUUAUGCCAAAAAAUUGGAGAUGCUGUCUGUGGCCUUUGCUGGAGAAAGUGAUUUGGGACUCCAUCACGUGCUGUCUGGUUGUGAAAACCUUAGGAAGCUGGAGAUUAGGGACUGCCCCUUUGGUGACAAGGCUCUUUUGGCCAAUGCUGCAAAGCUGGAGACAAUGCGAUCCCUUUGGAUGUCUUCUUGCUCUGUAACUUUCGGAGCAUGUAAGCUACUAGGUCAGAAGAUGCCGAGGCUUAAUGUAGAGGUUAUUGAUGAGAGGGGACCCCCAGAUUCAAGACCGGAAAGAUGCCCUAUUGAGAAGCUUUACAUAUAUAGGACUGUUGCUGGGCCAAGGUUUGACAUGCCUGGUUUUGUUUGGACAAUUGAUGAAGAUUCGGCGAUGAGGCUUUCUUGACAGUUCUCCUCAUCUAUUAUGGCCCCAAAUCAGGCCCCCUGAAUGUGCUAAUGGGUAUAGCAGGUACAUGCUCUAUAUGACACCCAAUUAUUUCGAAUUUACAUUUAUGUAGCUCAAUAUAAUUGCAGCCCUGAUUGAAGGUUGAGCAAGUUUGGGACGGUAUAUAGAGGCUCAAGGUGUCGAUUGCCACUGAUUUUACACUUGGCUGAGUUAUGAAAUACCAAUUAGUAAUUAAUAAAGAUAUCAAAACUCCUGUUGUUGUAUGUGUAUCUAAUAGAGUUGUUGUUUUAAUCGGCAGUGACCAUGUAAACUAUUGGCAGACUUUUACUUGUUUAUGAAUUCAUAUUUUCAUGUUUUCAUCAGGGGCUAAUUAUCUUGUGGACUCAGUUGUAUUAGUGAUAACUUGCAUAUCAAAAAAGGAGAAAGAGUUGUAUUAGUGAUAGCCUUCUGAAGGAAUAAGAGUUUCUGUUCAAAUUA